AUAUCCUGUUGGAAAACCUUUGCUGUGUUUGUCCUGUUGCUGCUUUCUGUCUGUUGCUUUUCUUUUCCUUAUAGUUAUAGUUAAGUGUGUUUGCAGUAUGUUUUCCCCUUCAACAGUAAGAGGUUUCAGUUGGCUGUGUUCGCUGUUUACGCUGAACGCACUGUUGCUUUCUGUUUCGGGGGAGAAAGUGCUCGAGAGUCCCGCCGGGAUGAUCCAGGAGCUCCGGGCAGCACUGGCUGACCUGGCCGGGGAAGGGAGGACUUACUUGGGCAAGCUCGCCGGAGAGCAGACGGUGCUGUCGGUGAAGAAGGCUUUCUCUCAGGUUUUGGGGGUUAUUGCAGGAAGUUUAGCCAGUGGCCUGAAUGUCCUCUUACAAUAUGUCACACACUUCCUGCAGGCUGCUGGAGUACAAGUCCCAAUCCACAAGGUGACUCCAGAGGGACUGAUAUUUGUUGUCCAGUGGGUUCUCGUGGCUCUCGUUGGCUACUUACUGAUCUCCUUAGCCUUCCGAAUGGUGAUCUCUACUCUGAGUCGGGCCCUGUGGCUGCUCAAAGUGGGCUUUGCUCUGGCCUGUUUUGGCUUUAUCCUGAGUGAUCACAGCGUGGGCACAGAGACCAUGGCGGUGCGACUGGCUGUCCUCGUGUGCGUCUGCGUGGUGUUUGGUGUCGGGACAGUGAAGGGAUCCAAUGUGGAGGAUAGGACCGCUCAUCUGACCGAGCAGGUGAAGAUCCUGGAGAGACGGCUGAGAGAUAUGGAGAGGUGGAGGAGGACCAAUGAGUGACACAGAUAGAUUAUGAAAAGUCAAAUGUUUUCCUCCUCUUUCCACCUGAUGCCUUAUCUACAAACGUUGGAGCCCUGGUGACUUCCUGGACUUCUGUUAUACAUCAAGCAACAAAGUACAAUUUUUACAAUUAUGAUAUUUUCUAUAAUGUUGGGUUUAAAGGGUCAUUAAGAAUCAAGAAGAAUGUGUGAAUGUGUGUAGGAGCAGGGUGUAGACACAUUUACCACAUUAAAGAAUUUUUCAAUAUUCAAACAACAACA